AGGAAACGACCGGACCUUUCAGACAAGUAUAUCCAAAGGGUGCCCCCCCUCCCACCGAUAUUCCAGGAGCGCUGACCCAGGUCAAGGGUCAGGCCGGUCCCAUAGAUUCAAGCCAAUUUGUCAUGAUGGAAAUUAUAGGACUUGGUGAAUUUGGAGCGGUGUACAAGGGAGCUCUAUUCUACGAGAAACAGCUUCUACCUUUCGCGGAUAAGGUGCUCAUGCGGCUCUGUCCACCUCUACUAGGCGGCAAUCGUCGCUAUCAAAACACUGAAGCCAGAGCACAGAAACGAGGAGGUAAGUGCGGGGCAAUUCCACGUCGAAGCUGAAAUAAUGAAGAGUCUUGAUCAUCCCAACAUAGUCUCUAUGAUCGGUUUAUCAACCGUUGAGCACGAUGAGGGGAUUUGUGAGUGCCUAAUUAUGGAGUACAUGGGGCUAGGCGAUCUACGCUCGUACAUUAAACCGUCGACGCAGUCCGAAGACGAAAGUGGCACCAUCAUCUCAACCAAAUACAUCACACUGCAUGAAAAACUAUGGCACUGCCUCCAGAUAGCGCGAGGUAUGGAGUAUCUGGCCUCGGUUAAUAUUGUACACAGGGAUUUAGCGGCUCGUAAUUGCAUGCUGAGCGAUCCAGUGGAACAUACUUCCCGAAUAGUAGAAGGCUACGAGUUCUCGCCGGGCUCCUCGUACCCGGUUACCAAAAUAGCCGAUUUUGGGCUGUCGAGGAUGUUCGAUGAAAACGAGAGGCAGUAUGUCAUGAGCAACUCUACGCUGCUGCCUGUGCGAUGGCUGUCAAUAGAGGCCAUUACGGACAGAGCCUACACAGAAAAGUCGGAUUGUUGGGCGUUUGCCGUCACCUGCUGGGAAGUUUUCUCAGACGGUGCCAUUCCUUACCAAGACCUGUCUACAUACAAUCUGGCGGCAUCAGUUGCUGCCGGGACACGCCUGACGAAACCAGCCGUAUGUCCCCUCGCGGUGUUCGAUAUAAUAAAGAGUGGGUGGGAGCAGGAUGUGGAGAAGAGGCCGACAUUCAAGGAGUUGAGACAGAAACUCGAGGGUGUAUUUAUGACCGCAAGUAUGGAGUAUCUACAGAAUAACGAAACCUUCAAGGGAGGCUUGAAGAGUGAGGAGAGUAUGGCGAUUGAGGACCCAUCUCGAUAUGAAUAUCCAUACACAACCAUUACAGCGCCCGAGACAGCAUUUCUCCAGGCGGAUACUGAUAUGACGUACCUCAAUCUUGAGGACACAAGGUCACCCGAUAUGCUGCUGAGCAGGAGGGACAAACAAGAUGACAUUACGGAGGAAGCGGGAUACGUUGUGAUGAAUGGUGCUAUAAGGAGGCCUACCAAUACACAGGACGAAAGUAGGGGAAGCGAGUUCAGGAGUCAAGCGCGGGGAUUUUCGGGGGAUACCAGCAUUUAUUUAGACGGCAACCUUGACACUGCUAUAGAGGGGGUGUAUAAUAUGUAUCCACCACGAUGAUUAGUUAAGUACGAUAACAGACAAUAUAAAUCCAGUUAUAAAAAGUACGAGGAUGAGUUUUCUAAACACAAUACGAGUCGCAUAUAUUGGAAAUAAAGGAAAUACGCUAAUAGGCGUCUUC